UUUCAGCGGCCUUCCAUAGACACCUUUUUGGUGGUUAGCCGUCGUGGAAAUUCCAGUGCAGAUCACGUGUUCCGAUUCAACAAACCAAAUUCACUGUGUCUCUUUGGACCUGUAAAUCCCAUCAGGAGAUUUGCAAUUCGCCUGGUCACUAACAAGUAUCCUUUUAACCAAAGGUUAACAUAUUCUGUAAAAAUGUGAAUGCCAAUGUACCCUGCGAGCAGUGGUUUCGUCAGGCCGGACGCAAUGCUUCGCAGCUUAGGGUCCGGCCUUGAGAAACCACUGCUCGCAGGGUAAUGCCAAUGUAACUUUCACUGCAAAUGUAAAUAAAUGUAACACUUGAGCAAUCGUUCAAUGCAUGUUUGUGCGCUCCAGAUCGAAGUAGAAACACCUCUGGACCGAAUUACUAAUGAUACUAAACACAGAUCGUAAUGUUUGGGCAACGCUGUUUAUUGACUAGCAGAAUAGACUCAAGAUCAAUAAAUUACCGAUAAGGGUGGUGUUGGCGCGGAAACGUUGACUAGCUCCUCAAUGAAUGAAAGGCUGAGCAAUCUGAAAAACGAUUGAGGUAGCUACUACUGACAGCUAUGGGGCUUGUUCUCUAUUGGUAUUACCCUUCAUCACUUUGGGUGAUUUUGGUACCGCUGAGAAUAGUGUCUAGAGUUCUUAGGCGCGUGUUCAUGCCACCGUGCCAUCCUUGUUUUACUGCCUGGGAGUUGAAUGCGUUUAAUAGAUCUAUUCAGUGGUUUUGUUAAGUGUAAUCAUUCCCACCUGGUUCUCGUUGUCCUCCCUCUUUCUCCCAUGAAUUAAAAUAUGAGUUUAGACAUUAAACGAUCCCGUUGAAUGGUACCGUAACCUUUAUUAAUCAUUUAUAGUUUGAAUCUGUGUUUGAAGCAGAUUAAUUUUCCUUAACUUUUAUUUUAGAUAUUUUGAGUCAUUUGUUAUCCUUACCAUUCUAAUAAACUGUGUUUUUCUCGUACUUGAAAACCCACCCGAUGAAGCAGAGUAAGUAAACCGAAACUUAGUUACUUUUUAAACUCAGAGCUUAGCUUUUUAGUGAUAUCCACGCGUUCUCGUUCCAGUAUAUUGGGAAUUCAAAAUACCUAAGAAUAAUUCGCUAAGAUUUCCUAUUUCCUUUGGGUUACUUUUUAAACAUAGCCUGCUUAUACAACCGUUUCUCAUCACGCCACCAGGGAUAUUUCGCAAAAAGUCCUUAACAGUAAAAAGUGAAUAUUCCUGAGGAUUCUUGAGAAUCCUGGGAAAUUUUUUGGUCAGUAAUUUGCAUCCUAAUAGUCUUUGGAUUAAAACAGUAAGUCUUUCAUCUUUUGAAAUCCCGAAGAUUGUCGAGAAUAGUUAAAACAAUACAAAACAAAACAAAAAUACAAGCAUCCUCAGAAAUCCCCAGCAGUUUCUAAGUAUUUUUAUGUUGUCUUCUAACUAAAAAAAAUACCAAGUGCUACAUUUCCAUUUUUCAUGUUCUCUUACGAGUCAUUUUCCUCGUCUAAUUUUUUGUAUCCCUUGAUGAGAGUUAGGGCCUGUUAUCUCAAGCAUUUUAAGGCAUGACCCAGAGCCUAAUUUGCAUAAAAUCAGUAAAGAAUCGUAAUUUUGACAAAAUAUACCUCAACAGCAUCAAACUUGGAAAUAACAUAAAACUUAAUGUCCUUAAAUUAUUAUCCACUCUAAGGUUUGAAUUUUUGCUUCACGUGACCUUUUAUUACAAUUUUUUUAAGCGAAGAGAAAAGUGAAAAUGGGCCGCCGAAAUCACGUAUAUAAACGACAAAUAACAGAUAUAUGUUGAAACACCAACAUAUUUCAGUGGUUAUCCGCUUUAAGAAUCUGUCCUGAAUUGCGACUACAUAUAAACCGUUAGAGAGUUUUUUCAAAAAUAGGUCACGUGGCCUUUUUAAUAGUUUUAUAACUCUUUACAAAAGCCCAAAAGGCUCCUGCUCUUUAAUGAAAUAAGAGUUUUCUCCAUUCAGGACACGAAUUGUAUUUAUGCAUCAAUCACAUGCAUGUUUGUUUGGCCGCCAAAAUCAAAAGUCAUUGGCUUGUUUCAGAUGUCACUUUUCCUCAAUUAGGACGUCAUCAGACAAGUGACUGCUGUUAUUAACCCUCAGAAGGUUUAAGGAUGACAAAGUAUUUCUUCUAACUCUUUUAGUUGUGGUUAAAAUCAAAAGAACAUCGCUUUUACUAGCAAAAGUAGUUGUCUUCGUGGGAGGACUUAGCUCGAAGGACGACCCAUGCCUUAAGUCAAGUCAAAUCAAGUCAACUUUAUUUAGGCAGGGUAGCCCUAUCAGCCAUUGGCUACUACCAUAAGAGGCCCCAGAGUAAAUUACGACUACACGAUAAAACAACAACAUGCCUAUAUCAUGCUUAUAAAUCAUAUCAUCAUCGUCAUCAUCACUAUCACCACAUCACCACCAUCACCAUCACCACCACCACCACCACCACCACCAUCAUCAUCAUCAUCAUCUUCUUCUUCUUCUUCUUCUUCUUCUUCUUCUUCUUCUUCUUCUUCUUCUUCUUCUGUAUAUCGUAUAGUGCAUCUUUCUAUUGUGUAGGGCAGUGGCCGUAUUUUUUGGUGUUUAUCGCUUUUAUCUUUUCGAAAACAAAACCGUUCUUGUCUGGCACAGAUUGACAUGACCACUCUCUCAGCUAAUGCUGGAUAAACGUUCUUUUUUACCAGGUACGUAUUCAGUGGAAUUUACACCAUGGAGAUGGUUAUGAAGAUUUUGUCGCGUGGGUUUAUAUUUCAUACCCACGCAUACCUUAGAGAUGGAUGGAACUGGCUUGAUUUCAUAGUAGUCCUAUUAGGGUAUGGUGUAUUUAAUAGCGGAUAAAAUGAACAACAUGUUCCUUAAAUGUAAGGUUGUGAUGCAUUCUCAUAACCUGAGCGGUGGUUUCCUCCUACGGGCAUAAGCGCGGAUAAGAUCUUUCCCCGGGUGAACUCUCAUAUAAAAGUGCCUAGGAUGUUCAUCGUUUCGCUUAAGGGUAUGUUGGAGUUAGCCCCUGGGCAUCUUCCACCAAUAAUAAAUUCAUACUUGUGUAAUAUUACAAUCUCUAAUGAUACUUAUAGACACUCAACUAAGCAAUAUUUUCAAAGAAAGUUAUCGUUCAAGAAAAAAUGAGAAAAAUGCUCUUUGAGAGAUGAAAUUGAUGUUGCACCUUCAAGUUAUCACGUCUAAAGAAACUGACUUUUGUAGAUGAAAUUUUUGUUCCAUAAAUGUUAAGGAAGCACCAGACAGGAGAAACUUUGAUUUCUUCAGGUAUAUCACCAUGGCACCAAAUAUCGCUAACUUGACGGGAAUCAGAACAAUUAGAGUGCUUCGCGCCUUGAGGACCAUCUCUGCCUUGAAAGGUAAAUGUAGGUGUGUAGCUUAAGUUACGUACCUAGUAACAAGAUGUAUUUAAAACCCCGACGAGGCAUAUAAAACACGUAGUGGCAUAUUAUUUACUAUUAAUAUAUUUUACUUGUAACUAAUGGGAUAUCCUUCUAAACUUAUUUGCUUUAAGGACUCCGUGCAGUGGUGAAUACAUUAUUGUCUUCUCUGAAGCUGUUGAGUGAUGUCCUGAUUUUGUUUAUAUUCUUUCUCGGUGUCAUGGCGCUUAUUGGACUACAGCUGUUUUCUGGACAACUGAGAAACAAAUGUGUUCUUAAUAUUCAGUUUGGUAAUAGUACGGAGAACAAACAGGAGCGAGCUCUAAACGAAAGUAAGACAUGUAUCUAAAUUAAAUUAGGAUGUCAUAAAUUGGGCGGCAUUAGGCCAACUUUACAUGAGCACCAGGCUACACGGAUGAGUGUUAUCAUCACCAUUAAUAUUAGCAUAACAUGACAAUUACUAGUAUUGAAUGAGGCUGAGUUUGAUGUGGAGAAUUAUGCACAUCGAGGAGAAUUUUAUCCACGGGGGCCUAAGGCAGAGGCGGAAAAAAUCUUCCGAGAUGGAUUCAAUAAAUGUCAUUAUUAUUCAUUCAAAAUAUUUCUCCUUUUCUGAUUGGCUAAAAUCCCAUGGCUAAUUCAUCAUAACCAGCAGUUGUUGACCAAAUUUGGAAGAAGUUUGCGAUUUGUGAAAAAUGACGUCAAUUCUCCAGCAUAAUUGCCAGAAAACUGGACAGUUAACCGAGAAGACCUGGCACGAGGUUGAGUUUUUUUGGUAGUGUGUACAAAAUGGCGGAACUUUUCACUGGUUUCGUGAGGAGGAAACAGGUAAACUACUGGCUAAAAACAUAGCAAGAGCAGCAAGAAUAUAACUCGACGGACGACAUCUGCUUUUUGGAGAAUAUUUGCAGACUUGAACAACCCUUUAUCUCCUAAACGUGCCAAUAAACAUGCAAUCGAAGACUAACUUAACAUCGAUGGAGGUAAGCACGUUUUGGCUUGUUUUUAAACUAGGAAUUAUUUUGAAUGAAUAAUAAAACAAUUAUUGAAUUCUGCUGACAUAUCAUCUGAAGGAUUAUGGAGAUCUCGGAGGGUGUUACCUGCCUGGGCCUAAUCGGCCUCGACGGAUAAUGUAAGGAGGGAUCUUCCAUGUAUUCUUUAUUCGUCUCGAAUUUUAUAUCGAGCUUAAAAUAUUCGCUUUGACGUUGUUUUAGUAAUUUCACAGUGAAUUUGUACUGAGCUUUUUAGCUCCGCAAAAAGGGCUCGAGCCGUUUUUUCGUCCUUUGUUUCAGUAGCUUUUUGUUCGCUUAAGCAUGUAAUAAUCGUAGAAAAGCCAACAGUGUUCUUAACAAACAAAACUAAUUGCCAUUUCCUCUUUUCAACUGUACACAUUUUAUUUCAAUGUUGACUUUUAUAAACAAUAAUUUGUUUCUGAAUAAUGGUUAUUUACGUCUUAUUUAACUUUAGUCCAUCUUACGUGAUGUUAUAUAUAUUUGCGAAUAUAUAUUUCAUUACACUGCUAGUUAAAUAGAGGCAAUUGCCGAAUUUUGAAUAUAGAAAGUUUUGCUGUCUUACAAUUUUUGAAAUAGUUCGGGUUUUUGUUCAAGGUGAAAACUAGCAGUUAGUCUGCGCUUCUUUCUAUUGAAACAGCCGUUUGCUGCACUUGCAUUUUCAUUCAUAUUGUAAUACUUUGUACGUAAACGCUGUUUUGCUGACCUGGCUAGGUCUUUGUUUCAGUACUUUUACUUUUUAUAAUAGUGAAGACUGUUAUUGUUAGACUCAAAGUAAGAGACCAAGAAACAUAAGCCGGUUUAUCAGACCGAGAUGUCUUAUUUGCCGAAUUGCCUUUCCAUUGGGUCUCCAGGCCCGAAAGUGACGCCAAAGUUGAAGAAUCUAAACGAAAAUUCAAGUUUCACGUAUCUAGUUACAAGUUCAAGCCGAUUUGCACCUACCACACGACGUUCAAUCGCAUUUUCCACUCCUAAUCAAGCCGAAAUAACAGUUCCCCGAGAUACCCGCGUCGAUAGCGACGACGAAUCCUUUAUGUGCCCAAGCGACCCUGAAGAAUAGGUACGCCUUAUACACACCCCAACGCCUUGCCAAGUACGCCCGUACCAAUUAAGUAUAUUUUUCAUUGAACAUUCAGAAGAAGAAAACAGAGACUCGGACGACGAAGACAAGACAGAACAGUCCCGAACCGAAAAGGAAACGUCACACAGUUGCCGCCUUUGGUGAUAAUUUCGCCCGCAGAGUUACAAAAAUUAGUUCCACAAAGACCUUUCUGUGAAGAAAACCAUCUCACCGACUACUCUCGAUUGAAUCAAGUGCCAGUGAGGACGAGGCUCAAAAUUUUCCCGACGCUAACAAGAAGGAGUUUCGGACAACCAAAGUCAGGUCUACAGAGUUGCUUAAAAGCUUUCAAGUUUAAAUGGCUGCUUUACAAACUCAAUUAGAAUCAGAGCAAGAGGAGCAAAAGAAAACAGUCAACGUUUUCGAAAACAGCCCGAUUCGAGAAGCCGCCAGUGCACAUCGGCCAGCUCCAUUUCAUGGAUAUGACUCUGAAGAUGUAAACCGAUGGCUAGAGAUAAUAGAAUAUUACCUCAAAUUGCGAUGUAAAGACACUGGUAGUCCCACAGACUUGGCUGAGUUGGUCUUGAAUCUCUUGGACCUGCAGAAGGUUUCUUUUUUCUUGCCUAUGACCACAAGGCGGCGUUUGGCCAGUUACGAGACUCCCUGAAUGAGCGAUUUUUCAAUAACAAACAGAGCUGGAUAGCCUGGCAAGUUGUAACUUCCAGGAAGCAGGGAGAACUAGAACAACUGGACACUUAUGUAACGGAGCUGACCAAUAACUUCCGACGACUAAAUAUCACGAACGCAGAGAAAAUUAACUACUUUUUACAAGGCCUCCGAAGUGAAAUUCCGAAGACAGUUCUGAUGAAACAGCCAAAAUCAUUCCGCGAAGCAAAACGGCAGUUGGCUCGUCUGUAGACAACGAGUAAUCCGCCGCGUCUCGCCUUUGUCGCGUAGGGUGAUUUUCACGCGCGCUUGCGUUUCGCUUGCUCUACUAUACCUGAGGAAAAUGGGGACUACUCGUAAUCUAGCUCGUCUGGCGUGUUCCGACAACGUAGGAGAUGUGAAAACCGUGAGUGGCAACGCUUUACCUGUCCUGGGUAUGUUCACGACUGCCAGUGGACGUUGCUAAUGCACCUUCCUAGUAGUUUAAGAUCUACCUUCUUCUCGGAAGAGAUUUCCUGCGGGAAAAUGGAGCCAUUAUCAAUCUAAAGGAGAGUACCUUACCGUUGAAUGGCAGUAGCGAUGAACCUGAAAAAGAAUUCGCAAACGGCCUAACUUGCGAUCAAACCCCCUACAGCCAAACCGACGUGGAGAAUUAACUGAAGAAAAGUCUGCGAGAAAGGUUACACCUACAAAGCCAAGAGCCUCGCAAAAAGGUGUCUUGCCGCAGCUUUCAUGGGAAAACCAUUCUUUCAAUAAGCCUCUACCAAACCAAAGGUGUUCAAAGAAAGAAAUCGCCGUUUUCAGCAGAUUCCCGCAACCUGCUGCAGUAGAAAGUGGAAUGUUUCUCGUUUAUUGAUCCGUCAAUCCUUAUUUUAACCGCGCUUUGUAUAGCCUUAUACCUGACUGACUGAAUCGCACGCAACAGUGCCAAACUAAAAGGUCCUCAAAGUACAGAUGGCUCUAGGGAUAGCUGCCUUCCAAGAGUAAGCUUUCGACAUAGGAAACGCUGCAGGUGUACCCGUCUACACGUGUGCCCCACAAAAUCCCAAGGAACCCUACAACACUGUAAAAGAAAACGAAAAAUCCCAGAAAUUGAGAGACCCGUCUCAGCGAGUCAAACAAGGACUCACAGAAAAUUUUCCACCUAUGAUGAGUCUCGUAGAUUUCCAAAACAGACCAGUUUGUGAAGUUAUGUGAAGCAGUUCUACACUAAAGCACAGAUUUUUGUCCCCACACGCAGCGCUCAAUAACAUGGUCAUCAUUAUUAAGCAUAAUGAUUUACGCAAAGUAAGGAUUUAUCUCAAGGCAAAAGUUUAUGAUUCAUAUAGGCAAGUCUCUCUGAUCAUUCAAAAAAUAACUUUUUUAACGUUGUGUUGAACAAGACCUGAGACCUCUGAGUAGCAAGAAUAACGACACUAUGCGCUAUUUUUGCUUUCAGGUUUUUGGUUUAUUUAUGACGGCGAUCCUUUGAUUUGUGGGAACAGUUCAAGUGCAGGGUAAAUUUUGUAACAUGCAUGAUCCAAUAAUCAAUAAAUCUAUUUAGCUUAUUUAUUAAAUGACUUAAAUGCUUCUCUUUUCCUUGCCUAGUCGGGAUUCUAUCUACAAUGUAUCAACACUAGCUUAUGUUACGCCGUCCCUUCAACAGAACACCGCGUUAGUCAUUUCCGUAGAAAAUCCAUUGUACUGUAUAUACAGUACAAACUAUUAGCUUAUCAAGGCUACAGAUAUUAUCAAUUGAUUUUAUGCUCUAUUCGUUUUCCCUGAUUAAGAUCUUGUCCAUCCAAUUACACAUGCAUGCCCAAUGCUGGUCCAAACCCAGAUCAUGGUUACACGACAUUUGACAACAUGGGUUGGUCUCUUAUUAUGGCUCUGCAAAUACUAACAAUGGAUUUCUGGCAAAACGUUUACAACAAGGUAAGUAUAUCAAUUGAGAUUUUCGCUGGAUAUGAGAAGGAAACUGAAGGAAACAUGCGCCAUAAGCCAGACUUCGUCAGGCCUACUUCAGGCAGUAAGCCGUGGAAAAGUGAUGAAAAAUAUUUAAGUGACUAUCGUGAGACAAAUUAUAAACUAACUGUCGUAGUGUAACUGGCAAAAUUGAACACUUAUCAUUCCUUUUAGAUUAACAGAUCCUCUGGAGCGCAGUACGUGCCAUAUUUUGCCAUCGGAAUAUUCUUCUGUGCCUUUUACCUGAUGAACCUUGUAUUGGCGAUGGUGUACUUAUCAUAUGAACAGGAAUUAUCUUCAGACGGAAAUGAGGUACUUUUAGAUACCUUCUAAUUCAAUUAACGUAGGUAGGCCAACUCAAAAAGUGAACCAACCAGCGUAUCAGUUGUUGCUGUUUUUUUUUUCGCGGCGCAAUUCCUCGCGACGAAACUCUCUUCUCGUCCCUAACAAGUUUGACAAUUAUUGAUGAGUCAAACCAAAUUUCGUUACCUUUCCCUCCAAAUGUUGAUUCACAACCUUCUAAGACAGCGAAAGCAAGGAAUAAACACUUUGAUGAAGGACCUGUGCUCAAAAAUACUCUCUUCUCUUUACCUUAUCAGUUAGUCCUGUCUUGCUCUGAACAAUUCAGUUCCACUCUAGCUGCUUUGUGCAGUAUAUUAUACAUGUACAUCCCCAUUAAUUUGUUCCCAACGGUGGUACCACGCCAGUGAUGAUUGACCAGAUUGAUUAUCCUUUACUUGUGUUCUUUUAUGACACGAGAUUGAAAACCGUUCUAUUAAUUCGGCAGAAUAGCUGCAGAACUCUCUUACAUUGUGUUGAUUUCUGUGCAUGAUUUAUUAGGGUGAAAAGAUGGAUCAGCGACGAACUGGUUGUUCAUAUCAAGCAGACGAGCGAACGUUGAAACGUCUUAUUCUAUUAGAUAGAAACCGAACGCCUCCAUCAGAAGAUGAAGCCAAAGAUGCGGAUUCGAACGCAGAAAAGCGCCGUAAAGCACGUCGCCACCUCUUAACAUGCCGUGUAUUAACAAAAAGGUCUGAGACAAUUAAAGUGACGAGCAAGGCCCUGCCUCAUAUGAAAUCCUGUUGGAAAAUGGUACGAAAGUGCAUGCAGCAAAUCACCUCCCAUCCUGCCUUCGAUGUGGUGAUUCUACUGCUAAUAGUUUUGAACACAGUUGUUCUGGCAAUGUAUUACCAUGGUAUUCCUGCCCAGUUUAGGCGCGUCUUGGAUAUUUUGAAUUGGGUGAGUAAAAGUUAGAGAUCGUUUACAUGAAUCUGGGAUAACAAAUCUAACUGUAGAUUUAUUAGACAGCUCCAGUUUUAGGUAAUUAUAGACCACCUCUGAUUAUUCUGAUAACCUUAAACUUGCUGUAGGAGCCUGUAUUAAGGCCGUCCUUGUCAAACGAUCGCGAGAAACAAUAGUGCGGCUAGUUUUAGUCAACAGGACAUAAGUACUACUAGGAUGACCUGUUUUACACGCUAUAUUUAUGACUGAAUCACUAAAUCACUGAGAUUCGAAAAUACGACAUCAAUGCCUUUGUUCUUUGCUUAACAGGUGUUCACUUGGUUGUUUACGACUGAGAUUCUGUUUCGUGUAAUCGCUAUGGGACCGACAGAAUUUGUCCGCGUUCGAUGGUACUUGUUUGACACAGCUGUCGUGGCAGCCAGCUUACUGGGAUACUUAAUAGAUGCUGAAGGGCUCAGUAUAUUUAGAACCUUUAGAAUGGUAAGCAUACAGGAAUCAUUUCAUUCCAAAGAAAGAACCUGUUAAGGUCUGUUGGCGGUUUAUUUUGCUGAGAAAGAUUUUAUCUGGCAGCGCGGCACAAUUGAAAAAGAUAUACGUUGACAGCUUUGAAAUUUGAAAAUGUCAAUAUUUUGAUGACUGUAUUUUAUGAUAGCUAACAUGUUCAUAAAGGAAACCAAGGAGAUGUCCACAAUUAAAGCUAAGGGAUCGCAACUAAUUGAAAAUUCUCGUACGAAUUUCGUACCGUCGUGUUUGUAACUGAAGUUUGAGGUGACUCGACCCAGUAUUUUAACAGGCACACCCUCCAUCUUUGAAUCUCAUACUUAAUCAAAUCGAUCUUUACUGUAAAACAAAAAGAUUACAAUUAGACCGAACUUAAUCAUGAUAUUAGUUUUUGUGCGAUCGGAAUAAAUGUUACUUGACAAUGGUGUCACAAUGGUUUUAGCUCUAAAUCGAAUUUCAGCCCUAUUCGGCAUUUUCUUUUGAAAUGCUUUACGCUAAGUAUUCUUUGGAUGAAUGUCUUCUGCUGUGCGAAGCUUCUCAAAAAUCUAUGAGAGGAGCUUCGAGAUAUCUUGGAAUUUCUACAAAAAGGGCAUAAAUUAUGCAAGCACCGAAGACUGGACUUAAUACAGACAAAUUUGCUACUUUUGGGAUAUUUCCGAAAAGGUUUUAUACGCUCUAGAAGUCGCUGAAGAACACAAUGCUGAGCUCUUUUUGUAAUUUCUAAGGCUGGUUUCCAGAAAACAGCGAUUAAAAAAAAAAUUCGUCGAUAGACUUUUUUAAAAGAUUUUCAGCACAUUUUCUAUUAAAUCCCAGAAGUUCCUUUCGAUUGAAAACUUUAAAAGUUGUCUAACAAGGGCGAAAGAGUGAGUAAAUAUUGAAGCGAUGUCAUAGAUUUGGAUGUUUCUUUGCUCUGGGAUUUCCUAUUGUUCUGAGUUUAGCACAACAUGAAAUUCCCAUGAAGCACGCGAGAAUUUACCGCACUUUUUGUACAAAUUCCAAGAUAUCUUGAAAUUCCUCUGAUACAUUAAAUUUUGUGAAGCUUCGCACAGCAGAAGACAUUCAUCCAAAAAAUACGUAGCGUAAAGCAUUUAAAAAAAAAUUCCGAAUAUGGCUGAAAUUCGAUUUAGAGCUAAAACCAUUGUGACGUCAUUGCCAAGUGACAUUUAUUCCGAUCGCCCAAAAAUAACAUCCUGAUAAAGUUUAGUCGAAGUGUAAUCCAUGUGUCAUAAUGGUUUUACAAUGAAGAUCAAUUUGUGUAAGUAUAAGAGAUUCAAAGAUGGAGGGUGUGCCUAUUCAGAAAAUACUGGGUCGAGCCACCUUAAUGGUCUGGUUUUAACGUAUCUCCUUGUAAUAGCGUGUUUAAGCUUCUGUGUGCUCACAUAAGAUUAACUCUUUCCCAUUUAGGUACGACUCUUGCGUUUGGCGAAGUCCUGGAAGACGAUGAAAAGACUGCAGAUGAAGGCCAUUGCUAGAAGCAUAGGACCUGUUGGCAACAUCACACUCAUUCUUGGAGUAAUUAUGUACAUUUUUGCUGUCCUAGGAAUGAAGAUAUUUGGCAAGGAUUAUAAAACGGAUAAGUUUGGUGACAGUGGAGUGCCACGCUGGAACUUUAGUGACAUCUGGCACGCUUUCUUGAUGGUUUUUCGUGUGCUGAGAGGGGAGUGGAUCAAGCCUCUCUGGGACUGUAUGAGGGUCACAAGCGCUGCCAAGGCCAUCCCUUACUUUCUAACAGUUCUCGUCGUUGGAAACUUUCUGGUGAGUAGCAUUUGUUAAGAGUGAGAAAAAGAUUGACUAAUUUGCUCAGAAUGAACAAACAGUAAGUUAGGUCAUGCCCAGAUUGAGAAACUAUGGCAGAUAACUGGCUGCCCGGAUCCACUUACUCCUUCCAUAAAUAGUUUUUCAAUCUUUAAAUUAUGAAAAAGCUUAUUGAGUACGGCAUAUUGAUUACAUCAUCAAAAUAAAAACGAAGAUAAACUGUAUGGCACAAGGAAUGACUAUUUAAAACUAUUUAAAAUGACUAUAUAAAACUUAUUGAUUGAUCAAUCACUAUUCUCAUACAGCAUGUAAGUUCUGAUAGUCUUGUUCUUUACCAGGUCCUCAACAUGUUUGUCACUUUAAUAGUGAACGCCUUUGACUUCCAAGACAAAGAUGACAAUUCAGAUGGCCCAGAUGGUUCAAAGUCUACCAUAAAAAAGAUAUUUAAAACACGCAGGUCCUGCCUUUUGAAGGAAAAUAAUCGUGGGUCUUUUCGUCCUUGCAAGCUUGAGGUUAUAGAGAGUAAACACCCUGAUGAGCAAAGCAAUGGUGUUUCCUUGGCAAUACACACAGGAGAUCAUGACUGCAAAGAAUACUGUAACAGUAUAGACAUAAUAUAUAUUUUUACUAAUAAUUUACUAGAAUAAUUUGAGUGUACACUUAAGAGAGAGUUUUCAUUGGCUUAUUUUAGUAUACUUUCUAAAUCAACUUUUUGGUUGCCCGUACAUAACCAGUACCAUGAAUAUGUCCUUGUCUAUACACCAUCCAAAUUUCAAAGUUUUGUUUCCUUUUGUAUAAUUUCCAAUCUACUUCCUUUCGUCGAAUUACAAUAUAUUUUGUAUUAUUUAUUCAAACUAUUACCAAGCCUAAUUUAAAAAAAAAACUAAGUAGCAUUCAACAAAGGUAGUAGUUUUGUGGCCUGCUUGCGUGCAGCUAGUUUUGUUUGUUGUGAUUGGUCACAAUUCAAUAUCUUUAGUGUUCACGGUUUUCUGGCUUGCCAAUAGGCCAAUCAGAAACGGAGAAAUAUUUGGAAUGAAUAAUGUUGUAUGUGGGUCUGGGUUUGGACAUAUGUCCUCAAUGAUAUCGGCCAAUUUUUUAUUUUGUUCAAGAUCACCUUUGAUACUUACUUUAACGUACAUGAAUUAAUCCGGUAUAUUCCAAACUAAAAAACAGUUGAUUUUAUUUCAGCAUUUCUUUUUCAUCCUUUUUUAAAUCUAUCCAGUAAUGAUUCUGAAUUUGAUUGGACAUACUACAUUUGACAUGAUAUUUCGAAAUAAGUUUCAUCAUACAUGAAUAACAUUAUUAUAGCUUUAAUUUUAAUUUCCUCUUUCUAUGCAGCCUUAGACAACGUUAUCGACAUUGAGAGCUCAAACAAAACAAUCAGUGAAGCUACGAAUUUUAUGGAUGGCGUUGAUUCUCCUCCGAGUGUCAAAAUGGAACGUAUAAAAGAGGGGAUUUCUGAAAAUGGUGUGGUAAAAUCAGAGCCAGUUCCUUCGUUUAAAAUCAAGGAAUUAUACAUAGAGGACUGCCUCCCUGAGCACUGCGCAUGUGUAGACUGUCAACUGUGCAGGCCUUUAUCGACGGAAAGCAUUUCCUGGCUUAAGUUCCGCGGCCGGGUACGAAUUUUUGUGGAAAAGAAAUACUUUGACUGGUUUAUUCUCUUCAUGGUGUUUUUCAGCAGUUUUAUGCUGGUAAGUUAUUUUAUGCUGUGCAUCUUUUAACAUCUUUAAAAUGAUUUACUUCAUAGAAGUUAUUUUGGCCUUGUCAAUCGUUUAUGAUUUCAUUUUUUUUAUGACAGCCAGUGGUCAGGGUGGGAGUUCAUUACCCUGUUCAGCCCGGAACACCCGGAACUACAGCGUUCUGGCCACUUAGCCACGCUGAGAUGUUAUUUAAAUGCAAUCUCUUUCACAGUAAACAGUACAGUAACUGGAAAAUGCUUACCGAAAGGUCUUAUUAAAACUCGUAGGUUUUUGAAGACGUUAACCUGCACAAAAGGCCAGAUCUCGAGAAAACCUUGGAAAUACUCAACUACAUUUUUGCAUUCGUCUUUACGCUCGAGUUCCUACUUAAAGCUAUAGGUUUUGGUCUCACGAAGUACUUCGCCUCUCCUUGGAACUGUUUGGAUGCCUUUAUUGUCUCAGUGAGUAGAACUUGAACUAUUAAGCUCCCUACGGUAUAAAAAUUUGUAUAAAGGCUGGAUAAACGCAUCGCUUAUAGUAUGUGUUUUACCUCACAGAUUUCACUCGCUUGUCUAUUUGAGAACAAGCAAUUGUCGGUGUUUCGUUCCCUACGUACAUUACGAGCAUUGAGACCACUCCGGGCCAUCUCACGACUGGAGGGAAUGAAGGUAAUCAAAACUUGCUAGUAAAAUGUCCCAGGGGAAUUGAAUUAAGUCAUGUUAAGUCACUUUUUCUUGAAACAAUGACCAUGGUGAUUUAGUUAGCUAGAAAAGAAAGAUCAUCCUAAGGUAAAACAAAAGAAUACAAACUGAUGUGGUCCUCCUGAUCAAGAACAUACCCAAGCCAAGCUAUCAAAGAGUUUGUCCGGUUUCGUUAUUAAAUCGGGUGCAAUAGCUUUUUGAUGAUGGACAUGUUAUUAAACAGACCGCCCGAAAACACAACACAGCGAUUCGCGAUUCACCAUUCCAUUCAGGUUUAAUCCCUAUAGAAAUCGUACCCAGUUCAAUAUAAAGUAAAACGUAGUUUAUUAGAUGACUACUCAAUCUCAUGUGAAGGCAUUAAACACUGUUUGUAUUCUCCUUCUUAAGGUAGUGGUGAAUGCGCUUUUUGCUGCUGUACCAGGUAUUGCAAAUGUCCUGGUGGUUUCCCUUCUCUUGUGGCUGAUAUUUAGCAUUCUUGGCGUUCAUUUCUUUGCUGGAAAAUUCUACAAGUGUGUGGAUGAAGACAACGCCCAGUUACAUGCCAGUGUGAUCGUCAGUAAAGCAGAAUGUCUCAACCACACCAUGGACGGAUACCGCUGGAUCAAUUCCCAAGUGAAUUUUGAUAAUGUCUUAGCAGGCUUCCUUGCACUGAUGCAAGUUGUAUGUUGCCACUUGUUUUUCUUUUUCUAUUUUUUGCAUUAACUUCUGGCUAAUGACAUUUACAUAUGCUACCAUAGGCACUAAAGUGACGGUAAGGUUAGAAAAAUCCCACCAACCACAUACCUUUAAAACUGGAGUUUGGUUAUUUUUGUGUUGAGGGUAUUGCAUUAAUUGUUUGUACAUAGUACCGGUAAUAUUAUAGGCGUUUUGGGUGAAUAGCGUAAAAAAUAGAAUUUAAAAACUAGCAUGGACGGCUUUAAUAUGAAAAUAGGAGGAAACUCUUUGAAGCUAAACUAACCUGCAGUAUCUUUUUCCCCGUAUGAGAAUGAAUAAUCGUCAUAGGUGUCGCUGUGGCGUUUCGUAAACAUUUGAUUGUGUUUCGGUUUUUGAAGGACACUACAGCUGGCCCUUUUGUCGUACCACUUCUACGUAAUUAGCGCUCAUUCUGUUAGGUGUACAAUAAACUGCCUUGCAUACUUAAGUAACGAAGUCUCUUGCUAAAAUAUUGUGCUUAUAUGGCGUGUUUUAGGCGACUUUUGAAGGUUGGAUGGAAGUUAUGAAAGACACAGUCGACUCGACUAAGGUGAGUUUCAAAUUCUUCUUAAAGGAACAUAUUAAAAUUGUUGCGUAAAAAUUUGGCCAUUGUUUGCUUAUCGGAGCUGAUACGACCAAGUGCAGAUCUCCUCAUUUUCCAUACCAUGAUUUAAAAGAGGCUGACACUUUCAUUACUAUGAUCAUGGUGUUACCUAGCCGCCUUUUAACUGGAUGAAUAUCUCCUGCCAGGGUCCAGACUCUUUCUGGUUUUCCACAUGCGUUUUUGAUCGGUUUAACGCCGAAAUUACCUCUGAAAUUUCUAGAUUUAUCCUUUUUUGCAUUUUGUGAAUAACGCAUACUGAUCUUAGAAUUUAUGGGCUCGAUUCAUCUAAGCUGAAACAUAUGAAGGUGUGGGAACAACCCUUAGACAUAAGGUCCUCUGGCUGUUUUUACAAGCUCGCCCGGGGAACGGACCACCAUGAUCAGGGGCGGAUCCAGGAUUUUUUCAAAAAGGAGAUUGUAAGUAUGAGAGUUCAAGGCAAACGUCCCGGGGCCAAGAAAUGGGGAAGGGGGAGUUGGAGGGUAAUGUUUGAAUAAGUAGAUUUUCGACAUUUUGAUUGAAGAGGUAUAAAUUUAUCAAAUUUGAGACACUAAUAUUAAGGACUAAGAGUACAGUGCAAGAACGAUAGUUGUUUGUCAAUCAGACUAGCUUGGAAGAGCCUUGUUGAAUGAGCCUUUACAAAGGCUUGCUGGCAUAUCUCGUCUUCCUCGAAUCUCUCGGAGUAGUAUGUGGCGAUCUUCUGCGAGAUCAGAGAAUCGCUUUUCAGGCGUUGUUCACCUAGAGCAGGUCUGAAUUCAUUUCAUCAGUGAAAACGACGGCUCAGCUUCCGCGUUUGUGAUCGUUAGGGUGCCAGCAAUGACCAGAAGGCGACAGAUGUUUGGAAAAGCAUCUUCAUCGCAAACACCAGGUGCUAAUAUAAGCUUGUUUGGAAGCUCCCUAUCUGUUGACGGCCAGAGUGUUUUCCAUCUACUUAGUACCUAAUUUCGAAGGGAUUUGAGAAAUGGAAUAUCUUUCUCCCAGAACGGCAUGCUUUCUACUUCAUCAUCCAGCCGCAGUGCCUCAUUUACUAUAAUCGAUGGCACGACACAAAGCAGAUGGCGGGCUUGACGAUCUUCGUCAGAAAAUCGACCUUGCAUUUGGAUGAUUAAGGAGUCAAGAGGAGGAAAAGCUACAGUCUUCUUGUAACGAUCGAUUUGACUGGAACUAACAUCAUAACUUAUAAUAUUUUUUGGGCAUGAAAAAGGGAUAGACAUGGAUAGCCAGACAAGUUUGAAAACUUCCCAAAGGGGGGGUUGCAACCCCCUCAACCCUCCCCCUGGGUCCACCUCUGCUAUGGGAGUUGAAUACAUGUUCUUUUGACCUAAGAUCAAGUAGUUUGAAGUUUUCUGGUUUCGCCUUUUAUCGACUGAUAUUAUAACAUGGUGUUAGGCCUGGGUUUUCCAGACGAACUGCGAGGUGAGCUGACACUGAAAAAUCCUCAUGUUGACUGCCGUAUAUUCGACGCAGCCGAACUCCAGCAGUACGCGUUUAACACAUCAUCACUUACCGUUACCAAACGCUCACUUCAUUUCUCUUAGAAAACUCAAGAUUCGAGCACUCAUUUUCUCAGCCUCCUCUCUGUCCUCUCCUCGAAAAAUAUGCGACAAAUGUAACGAGAAGACACCUUUCACGGUUGUGCAAGAAUAAAGUGCUGUAAUGUGUUAGUGGACCAUGAGCCUCCUCUUAAUCACGAUGUGCACACGAAUUUUGGAUCUCUUGUGCUGGAUAGUGUGUCUGGCACUCGAAAGAAAAAGGUGCGGGAAAGGAUUUACAGAUCAAAGCAGUAUCUUAUUCCGAAGCUACAGUCAUUUCCUAUGAGCUGUACAAAAAACUGAGAAGUUUAGCAAUCUUUGAAGAGGUGGAUUACAUCUAAACCCAUUCAUCCAAAGAGCUGUGUGAGGCUUUCAACUUGAUAAGGGAGUCGUGAUAUCAACCUGUUGUAUCCUGUCGCUGAUGGAAACUUUACACCAUUGUUGGGGAGUGAUGCUUGUUUACACAUAGAAGUUCUCGAGUUUACGAAUCUCGAACUGAUUUUGCGUAGUUCUUGUAGGCCUUUUCCCAGUCCCUGUCGGUCAAUUCAAUCGGUAAUGGUUGUUUUUCAAACCCUUAUGCAUAUUUGCGGGAUCGAAUUUUGCCGACCGGCUUUGAAAGUCAUCAGAAUGUUAUUCAUAGUCCUGUGAAGAUUGAUUUCUGCUCCUUCAGUCUCAUCAUUCCAACUGAAUUAUCAGAGUUUGUUGCUCCUACCUGACUCUUUACCCUUAUUUUCAACCGACCGUGCGAAUUUUCAAAGUACAAACGAUACUUUAGUGACCUUCUGUGUAGUAAACGUAGAGCGCAGAUCUUAAAUAAUCAGAAAUACCGAACCGGGUGAUUCAAAUAAAAUUUAUUAAAUUAGCUGCGUAUUAAAAAGUGCCAAAAAACUGAACCUAAAAGUAAAAAUCCUAUAAAUUCACCGACCUUCGCAGAGGCGAUGCAUGUAAUGUGAGAAGCUAAAAAUUCAACUUGGAUGUUGUAGCCUCAGGAUCGUGUUUUGAGAUAAUGUUAUCAAUGAAAGAACACACAACAGCAAACGGAGAAAUUAUUUUUCGAAAAACUUUAUUUAAAUCUCAGAAAUUAAUCCUUGAAAGCAAUUCGCGUAGCACAAACUUGGCUCGUGGAUCCGUUCACGCAAGUAAAAUCGGCUGAGCACAGGGCGAAAAUUAUUGAACACAAAUCUCAAAUCAAGGCGCUCCAGUCGAUCUCAGAAUGUAUAAAACGCCAAAAUCAAAUAAGUACAAGUACAUAAAAACGCUAUUUUCUUGACGGUAGAGUACAAAAUGUACCUGAAAAUUCUCAAAAACUUCGCUGCUUGGUCGCGUUUCAAAACAGGCCAAACGCUCCGAUGAUGGAAAUUUCGUGAAUUUCGAAUUUCUCGAAGGACAGUUUUGUAAAGAAAAGCCUUCCUUUGUCUACUAGAAGAAACCUAAGCAUUCUUUUGCACUUUCCCUUUUCCAUCUGUGUCUUUCAGCGGCGUAUUUUUAACCUGGAAAUGCAAAAUAAAUGUAAACCAAUGCUUUGAACUGUCUCACUUUUGAAGAGUUUUGUCUAGGCCUCACAUUUUCGCUUGGACCACGUGACCCGAAACGGUUUGGCCGUGCGGAAUAAUAAGACCUAGGAUCUAGGCAAGAAUUGAAACAUCAGUGCAAGAAACACCAGGUGUUUUCGAAACUGAUUCCGUGUUGCGGAAUUAACAAAGUACAUUUGGAAGUUGCUCUCUUGAAACCUCUAAUAGUACGCCCUCCCAGGAAAAAUUGCCCUCUUUGAAUUAGCACGAGAUGGAAGGAUGGGAGAAGAUGGGACUAUUGUCAAAGAAGACAAACACUUCCCGUAAGUUUUAACAAGCGAAAAGUGAAAGAAAGGAACACUCCACCCUCCAACAAUGAUUGUCGAAUUUGUAUUGACCCAAGGUACCUAAAAAGCACUUGAGAUACCACACUAUUCAAUCGUUACGGGGCAGGAGAAAGUUGCUAACCGACUUUAUGUGCUAACCCUUGAUGCUGGCAGUGGGUACUGGCAGCUACCAGUUGAUGAUAAAAGCGUGAAGCUCUUAACAUUCAAAAACCAUGGGAUCGAUAUCUACCGGAAUGUGCCAAAAAAGACGGCGGAAAAUUCUUGGAAGGGGAUCCCGGCCUGUGGAGAUUAUAGUGGAUGAUUUCCUAAUACUUGGUGAAUAUCAACAGAAGCCGCCCAAAAGUUGAGAACAGUAGUUACCGACUUUCCAGUAAUUUGAAAUAGCGCGGCUUGGGCAGACGACAGCCACUUGUGUGGUCAACAACUUGGAGAAAAUAUUUGCAAGGUUUAGAAUCCCAGAUGAAAUUUUCAGCGAUAACGGACCGUUGUACAGUGCGACACAUUUACUCAGCAGUUACCAUAGUUUAAGAGUGAAGAUAUUGCUAUACAACCUGCUCAUCAGAGUAUAUUCAAUCAAAUGGAGCAGGAGAAAAGGUUGUGAAGACUGCAAAACGCAUUCUUAAGAAGGCUGCAGCAGAAGAUAAAGAUCCAUUUGAGGGACAGUUGAACUAUCGCAACUCACUAUUUGAAGAUAUUGGCGUAACCUCUGCACAGUUGCUGAUGAGGUCGACGAACACGGACGAUAACACCAAUUCAGCAACUCAUCGACGUCUCUUGUUUACUUCAGCUGGUGGAUCGUGAUCGUGUUCUGAAAACUCUUCAUCAGCGACGGCGUAGUGCCAAGUCUAGUUAACACAAGCAGAUCAAUGAUUUGCCUCCACUUUUAAAUGUGCACAAGGUGCGGUUUUGUCCAAAUAGUGAAAGGAAAUGCUGCAAAGCUGAAGUAUUGCCAAGAUCGUGCCAAGUGGAAGACUACGGACUUGCUUACUGGAGAAAUAGAAGGCAUAUUCUCUCAGUUCCAAAUGAUUGUCCCAUGACUCCAAGACCAAGUUUUCCUCCCAUGCGUGAACAGCCUUGUGACUCUCCUGCAAGUCCACUGGCUGCUGAAACUGAGAAGCAAGCGCCAAGUCCAAAGAAAUUAGAAUCGAGACCGACAGAAACAGUUUCACACACACCCAUUACAAACAGAUCUGGACACCAUUUAUUUCUGUCAGAGGAGAUGAUGUAACAUUUGAGCCUUUGGGAUUCCCCCUAAGAUAAAGGGUCCCCUGAUUGCUUUACGCGGGCGCCCCGGAAAUGGGCCAAAAUCUACGUGGUGUGAGGUUAACUUGAUCUUGAACAUGGUCGAGUAGUUUUAAGUUGUGUUGUUUUGACAUUUAUAGACUUGCAUUACAACAGAAUUUUUGCUAGCCUUACGUUUUGGUUACUUUUCGUCACCGUAUUAUUUAUAAAUUUAUCAUUGUCAUGAUCAUUCAUAAUUAUUAUCAUCAGUAGUAGUUAAUACAAUAGUUAUAAACAAUUGACCGAUUAUACCUGCUUUUAACGCUCUGUGUUGAUCCUGGCCCACAGGUUUUGUGGUUUUCUAAGCACGCGAGAUGAUUUUUUGUCAUUAGCAUUUUUUGUAACGUGUGUAAUUGAUAAAUUUACUUCCUCUUAGGUGGACAUGCAGCCGAAGUUUGAGAACAACUUGGUGGCGUACUGCUUUUUUGUUGCCUUUAUCAUCGUGGGUUCGUUUUUUGUGUUGAACCUGUUUGUAGGGGUCAUUAUUGACAACUUUAACACCUUAAAAAAGAAGGUAAAGUAUCAUUGGCUGUUUUUUUCGCAAACCUACCCGUAGGUAGGACCUUUGUAGACACUCCCCUUUACUCAAAAAAGUGAUGGAAUUGAACUGAAGAAAAAGGCGCGUGAACGUGUUGUCUUAAGACAAAACGAGGAAAACGUGCGAUCUGCAUUAUUCGAAACAUUGACACAUCUAUAUCUAAUUAAAACAAAAUAAGCAUAGUAAUUUCGUCAUGAACGUGAGUGGUGCCCGAAACAUUUUUCUAAAUGCACAUGCUGCCAGAGAGAGAGAUAUUUUUCAACCUUGUCUCUUGCAUCUAUAAUGGUAGUAAGUGAUGGUGCCGCUGCGGGCCCUUUGAUGAACUGGAAAAUAUUGUGAUGACGUAAGCACUGAAUUAACGCCCCUGCUUUCUCUGGGAAAUAGAACAGAGGUGCUUCUUGACCUUCCACGGGGAAAGGUUGAAAGUAUUCCAGGUACAAAUUUACAGAAUGAAGACCAAAACACAACAAGGAUGUUGAUCUUUAGAAUAUUACGUGAUGACGAGCGCACACGUUACGAUCAAUACAAAUUUAUGCAAACGGACAGGCAAUUCAGCUGGAUUUAGAGGGCAUUCUCGCUUGGCCGAGGUGUUUUUUAUCCUGAUAUUAGCUCGUAUUCUAGCUAACCGGAUUGGUUGGGGUUUCAUGCAAUCACAAAUUAUUAAGUUGUAUCCUCCUAUGCUGUGAAUAAAAGCAUUUCAAUAAAUAUUGGGAACGAGCGAAUAUUUUGUCUACCUUAUUUAUUUUGGGGGCUCUUACGUACAAACUACUGUACUUUAAUUUUCAAUCUUAGUACGAGGACAUCAGCAGCAUGGGUAUGUUGCUGACCGAUUCACAAAGAAAGUGGGUCAGUUUUCUUAAGGAAGCCGCUAGAAAGAAACCACCCACAAAGGAGAUUCGUCCUGAGGUACUAGCUACUACAGUUGGACUAUGUUCCAGACAACUUCAUUAGUCUAAAAGAGUAAUGGGAGAACUAUUAAUGAGUGUGAAAACGUCGGUUGAAGAAGCUAUGUCAUGAUUUUCUGUUGUUAUUUUGAAACCCUAAAAACACAGUGCAAUCAAAGAAAACCCUAAAAUAAUAAAUCAGUUUUUUUUUCAAAAUUAAUCCAGUAAUUUAACUUAACUAUAAGUGUAUCUCUUUGGCUUUCGGUGGCUAGGAGCCUGGGCAACCAUAUUACAACUUUUUCAAGUUAAACUCCUGUUUUGUUGAAAAAUAAGAAAAACCGAUCAUUCUCUGGUUUCCUUUGAUAGGAACAUUUGAUAUAUUUCAUGUAGUGUUCCAAGCAUGGCAAAGAUGUAAAAUACCCACCAUGAAACUCACCAUGACUCUUUAAAAGGUCGAAGACUGUGUUAUUGUUAGUUAAGGAAUAAAUUUCUUAAUACGAUCUAUACAACUAGUUUUCCGAAUGCCCAAAGCCGGGCCCCUUGCUGUGCUUUUUCAUGUGUAUUUGUUUAUAUGUUCCACAGAAAAGAUUGAUCGGCCUGCUAUAUGACGUGGUAACGGGGGAUAAAUUUGAAGUCGCAAUUAUGACAGUGAUAAUGUGCAACAUGGUCAUGAUGAUGAUUCAACAUCACGGACAGUCCUCCCACGUCACCACCGUACUUCAUAUCCUUUUGCCACGAAAAGUGUUUUCAUUUGUUUCUUAUUUUCAUAAAGUGCGGUUUCUAAUAUAAUUUAUUUAAUCUGUAAGAUCUAAUAUCUACUUGUAUAGGAUAAAAACAGAAAUUUCUAAAACAGUUGCUAUUGGUUGAAGUUAAGGUACUAAGCUUUCCGUUCAUGCUUGAAGUGAAGUCCACGGAUACACAAAAGGCAGAGUUAUGUAUAAAUAUAAUUAUUAAACGUCUAGCAUCGUUUAGAGAGAAAUGUUAGUAUUUCCUGGUACAUUUGCUUAGUCCCAUCUGCUUAGUCCCAACUAUGUCCCAAUCAUAGUCUUGCCCACGAAGUGACAGUAACCUCUUAUGACUCUUGAACGUUCCAUCAAAAACAGGCAGAAGAUUAGGACGUUACACACGUUUAUUUAUUUCAAAAAAAGUGAAUGAGUAUUGAAAAUGCUAAAUUUAUCACUUCCUUUAAUACUCAGAUUUCCUUAAAAAAUUUCGUAGGCAGAACCUCGAAUAUAAUAACAAUCGCAGAAUAAGUAACACGGUAAGCUAGUGAAUUUUAUAAAUACUUUCCUUAACUCGUGAUCACGUGUAUCCAAUUUUAUUUUCACUGGUAUCUUUGUUUUGGAAGCCAUACUAAAGGUUAUUGCACUGAAACAGCACUACUUCAAGAAAGCUUGGAAUGUGUUUGAUUUUGUUAUUGUUAUCAGCUCUAUUGUAGGUACGUAUAUCCUUGAUUGUCGUCAUAAAUUUUGAAAUUUAUCAGUCUUCCUAAAAGUUAAGACCAAAUGCAAUUAAGAUUCCCAGCUCUUUCCUCACUAAAAAACAUUUACAUGUAUAUGUUCUUUCCAGCCGGAUGGUCCGUGUAUAAAAAAGAGAGACCGGCAAACAACAUUUUUGUUCUCACUCUUAAAAUUGGCGGGAAAAUAAUACUUUAGCCUCCAAGUUGAUUCAGAGCACGAACGAUUAUAAAACCAAUUAAACUUUACCUGAACGUUCAAUUAUAACUAUAAAAACAAGUGAAUCUUUCUCAUAUACCGCUUAUUUUCCGAGAGUGAGGUCCUUACAGGGAAACCUCAGACUGAGGACUGUCAAUACAUAAAGGCCGAUCGCGAGGUCUGAGAUUUACCCGUGAUGACCGAACGGACGAGGUUAAUAAGUUAUUUAUUAUAUGGCCUCUUUAGCGCUGGCGAUGCGAUCGAAACCGUCAGACAUAGUUUUUUGACAAUGAGACAAUUCUUGUUUUUGUUACGUCAAGAUCUAAAGCAAAUUUAGCCACUUCAAUUUCACAAAACACACUGACCCGUGGUUAUAAGUGAUUGACCCUUAAAAAGUUUAAAAGUUGAGGUAAGUCUCGAGAACUUGCAGUCAGCAUAGAGUAAGGCUGGUUGAGGCAGCAUGGCCCCCGUUUUACAUUGUUUUAGCAGUUUUCCUGACUGAUGCCUGGUUCAGACGUCGAACUUUUCAUGAGCCGAACCUAAUACACUAAAUUAGGCACAUGAAAAGUUCGGCGUUUAAAUCAAUUAGGAACGCCUGUUUCAAUUUGGAACAGCUCAGACGUCCUUUUCGCCUAGCGCGGCUAGGAAUUUCGCCUUUGGAGCGACUUUGGAACGGCUUUGAUUCAGACGACGAACGUUUCAUGUACCGAACCUAAUGCAUAUAUUAUUAUAACCUAUUUUGUAAGCAGUUUUACCGAAAUGAGCAUUAUUCGCCUUUUGAACUUAGUUGAGCUGCAAUUAAGAUCUUUGUCUGAAUCAAUUCAGCCGGUCUUAAUAGUUUGGGUCGGCCUUAAUUCGAAAUAGGUUCGGCUCACAGAAAAGUUCGGCGUCUGAACCGAGCCUGAUUUGGCACAUAUAUUUUGUCUGGAAAACAAAGUUCACUUUUCUCUAGGUCAUGUUUCAGAGGAAAACUGUAUAAAAGCAUAGCUUUCACUCAUUCACAAAAACUAACAAACUUGUGAAUGAGGCUGCCACGACCGUAAAUUCCGCGCUAGACUGGCGGGCAAGAUAAUUGCAAAAACUGCCUUCUACAGGAACUAAUUAGAUAGAUUAGGCUUUGGAGAAUCCACCGGCUUGCAAUUCGGAGCUCUGAAUGUAGUAGGUAGCCAAAAUUUAUCCCGACUUUCAGGCAACUUUGGCAGAAGUUUUUCUUCUCAGAUAGCCUUUAUCGGACCCACUACUAAGUCUCCUCCUUUAAUUCCUCAUCUUAACAACUCCGGUUUGGUUUGAGGUGCUUCAAAAAUUUAUUUAUUAAAUUUUCUCUCCAAGAGUUGCUUGAGUGGAUAGGGGAUUAAUCAAGUGAAUAGUUUUGCUGCAGACUAAAAAAAUAUUUUAUUUAAUGUCUUUACAGAGAUUAUCCUUGGGGAGGUAAAUGUGAAUGAAGAUAUGUUCAGCCCCAGUCUUCUUCGUGUUCUACGCAUCUUUAGAAUUGCCAGGCUCCUAAGGCUGGUAGAGUUUGCCAAGGGAAUACGUCAGCUGUUGUGGGCUCUUAUGAUUUCAUUACCCGCUCUUUUCAACGUAGGUGCACUUCUUUUCUUGGUGAUAUUUAUCUACGGAAUCAUCGGCAUGUCAGCGUUUGGACACGUUAAACAAGAAGGCGCGUUAAAUGACAUUGUAAAUUUUGCGACAUUUGGUAGUUCACUGUCAUUACUCUUUCGCUUAUCAACUGGCGCGGGAUGGAAUGACAUCAUGGAUUCCUUGCUACUGAAACCGCCAGACUGUGAUCCUAACUACAUGAAUCUUCCCCAUGGCAACUGCGGUUCCAUUGGAGCUAUUUUUUACUUGGUCAGUUACAUCGUAAUUGUUUUCCUCAUCAUUAUCAAUAUGUACAUUGCUAUCAUUCUCGAAAAUGUGUACCGUGCUCACGAGAUCGAGGAUUCCGGCAUCACCCAGGAAGACUUUGACAGCUUCUAUGUCUUGUGGGGGGAGUUUGUUCCUGACGGUAGGUUAUAUCUUCCGUUAGCUCAGCUGUCGGAGUUCGUUGCUACUCUGAAGAAACCAUUCAAACUUCCAAAACCAAACACUGAAAUAUUGGCAGAGAUGGACAUACCGUUGGGGUCAGGAGAGGUUGUUCACAGUUUUGACUUGCUGAAGUCGCUAGUUAAACGUGUUUUGGGAGAGCAUGGUGAAUCCCCCGAAGUUUUUCAGGAAAUUACUGUGAAAAUGGAGGCUAGAUUCAACAAAUCAUUCCGAGUAAGGAAGGCCAAAUUGCCGAUAAUUGGUUCUACUAAAUCGAGAUUAUCUGAAAGCGUGCCCGAGAAUGACCUUUGA